UAGCAGAAUGCGGGUGGGGGAAAAAAUUAGGCUGAGCAUUGGGACAGAGCUCCUCCCACAACACGACAGUUAAUUUUAUUUACACAUUAAUUUAAACUACAUGCAUUUUCAUUUAGGUUAAUUUAGAUACACGUAGAACUUACAUUUAAAGACAACUUUAGUUUGAAAAUGUUGUAUUGAGUAGUCUCUUUUAUGAUUGACAAUGUAAAUAUCCAAUCGUCUGUUACGCUUUGAUUGCCCCGCCUGCCGGUUGAGUCUCAGCAUAAUGUAGGUUAACGUUCACUAAACAUCGUGUUUACAGUUGUUUAGGUUCAUUAUCUUCAACAUCACAUUGAGUGUCAAGACAUCUGAAGUUAUUGACUAAAUUUGGAGCAGCACAGCCAAGUUGAGUAUGCUCCAGAGGCUCGCUGUGCUCCUGCGGCGGCCCGCUGCCGCUCCCCUCGCAUCGGCGGCGGUACGAUGCGUCUCCUCGGGCUCAAUGCACAUCACGGCCCCGCUGAACUUCUGGGCUGGAGAGAGAAGGACGAGCAAAGAAAAAGGCAACAAGGAAAAUGUAUACGAACCUGCAACAGGCCGUGUCUUGUGCCAUUUGGAGUCAUGCGGUGCUGCCGAGGUCGACCAGGCUGUGAAGGCUGCCAUGUCAGCCUUUGGUCAUUGGAGUAAGAUGUCUGGGAUGGAGAGAGCAAGGGUCAUGAUAGAAGCUGCUCAUAUCAUUGCGAAAAGGAGAGAGGAGAUUGCUGAAAUGGAGGUGGUCAAUAAUGGAAAGUGCAUCACAGAGGCCCGUCUGGAUGUGGACUCUGCCAGACUGUGUAUAGAGUACUAUGCAGGGAUGGCCAGCACAUUGGCAGGCCAGCAUGUUCAGUUGCCUGGAGGAUCCUUUGCCUACACACGCAGGGAGCCUUUGGGAGUUUGCGUCGGCAUCGGUGCCUGGAAUUAUCCUUUCCAGAUAGCUGCCUGGAAAUCAGCUCCAGCCCUGGCCUGUGGCAACUCCAUGGUGUUCAAACCCUCACCGGUGACGCCUGUGACAGCAGUCAUGUUGGCAGAGAUCUAUGCUGAGGCCGGAGCUCCAGAAGGGCUGUUCAACGUGGUGCAGGGCGGCCAGGAGACUGGCAGCUUACUCUGCCACCACUCUGAUGUCGCUAAGGUGUCUUUCACUGGCAGUGUCCCCACAGGCAAGAAGAUUAUGGAGAUGGCAUCCAAAGGGGUGAAGCCUGUGACUUUGGAGCUUGGGGGAAAAUCUCCUCUGCUCAUCUUUCAGGACAGUGAUCUGGAGAACGCUGUGAGGGGAGCUCUCAUGGCCAAUUUCCUUUCUCAAGGCCAGGUCUGUAGCAACGGUACGAGGGUCUUUGUUCAGAGGGAUAUUCUGCCUGAAUUUGUGGACGAGGUGGUGAAGAGGACCCAGGCGAUUGAGAUUGGAGACCCACUGUUAGAGAGCACCAGAAUGGGAGCGCUGGUCAACCGGCCACAUCUAGACAAAGUCCUAGCCUUUGUGGAUCAGGCAAAGAAGGAGGGAGCUACAGUGUUGUGCGGAGGUGAAGCUUUUGUCCCGUCAGACCUCAAACUCAGAGGUGGAUACUACAUGACUCCAUGUGUUUUAGCUAACUGCACAGACGAGAUGACCUGCGUGAAGGAGGAGAUCUUCGGUCCCGUCAUGUCCGUGUUGUCCUUUGAAACAGAAGCGGAGGUGCUGCAGAGAGCCAAUGAUACCACCAUGGGACUAGCUGCAGGGAUUUUCACCAGGGAUGUGAGGCGAGCUCAUCGUGUGGUUGAACACCUCAAAGCUGGUUCCUGUUUCAUCAACAACUACAACAUCACCCCUGUGGAGGUGCCGUUUGGAGGCUUCAAAAUGUCAGGCAUAGGGCGUGAGAACGGCCAGGUGACCAUUGAGUACUACUCCCAGCUGAAGACGGUGUUUGUGGAGAUGGGAGAUGUGGACAGCCUGUUCUAGGAAACAAAGAUCUAGAGGAAGAUGGAGCUGUUACACUAACCAGAGGCUGAAACAGAUGAUCUGGACCAGGACAACUAUUGCAUCACUCAGGGAACGUCCAUCAAACGUUUGUGAUCAGAGUGAUCAGAAGUACUGGUGAGUCUUGAUCAAAGGAGUUGAAGGAGUCCGUCUUCAAAAUGAGCCAUGAUGUAUUUCUGUACUUGGUGAAUUUGAGGUAAAUGGAUAUUUUGGAAACUAAGCAGAACAGUGAACAUGUAAUAUUUGAACCUGGAGACGUUUGAAUUAAUAACAUUGUCACCUGAGCCAAAUGGUUCAAAUUAAAGAAAGUUUUUUGGUAUUUUUGAACCUUGAUUGAUUUCAGCUGCUGCAGCGUAGAUAUGAGUCGCAUAUUGUACAUGAUUUGCACUAUAUGCCUUAUUGCUUAAUGUUUUCUUUAUUACAUGUGCAGAAAAAUACAUUUUUUACAGUGUUGUACAAAAAAAUCAAAUAUGUUUACAAGUUAAGCUUUAUUUCUUGAACAAUACACAUCAAUGUAUUUUUAUAAACAAACAAUACUAAAUAAUGAAGCACUUUUGAACCAAUUUAAUUAAUCUAGAUUGUACACUUACUGUACGCUUUUCAUAUAAUGUUUAAAUUAGAACUGUAGCAAUAACAUCCUGCCUUGUGGGUAGCGAGUUAUUUAGAUAAGGAAAUUGUCUAACACACUUGCUGCUCUAAUAAAUUGUAACAUAACAUUAAACAAUGUUUAAUAAUGCAAUAAAGUGAAGCUAUAGUUUACAUUGC